UACACUGUUGUCAUGGCAACAGCAUGUCAACAUCCUCCUAAGCGGCUCGUAUCCUGACAGUCAGAAAUGUCUGCUGUGAACAGAAAGUUGAUUCAAGCUCUCGUCGAGACAGUCUCAAAGCAUGUGGAGCACUUUAAUAAGACAGAGGUGGAGUGCCUUAUCCGAGGAUUUAACAGUCUCUUUGGGGAGCAGGCUAUUGCUCAACAUUCACCUGGCGGACUGGACAGAGGGAGGUUCAGGAGCAUACUGCACAACUGGUUUGGGAUGACCGACAGUGUGAUCAUGGAUGGAGUCUUCAGGACAUUUGACAAAGACAAUGACAGCUUGAUCAGUGUCAAAGAAUGGAUUGAGGGACUGUCCGUUUUCCUUCGAGGGAGUUUGGAUGAAAAAAUAAAAUACUGCUUUCAUGUAUAUGACUUGAAUGGGGACAACUACAUCUCAAGAGAGGAGAUGUUUCAGAUGCUGAGGAACAGCUUCAGCAGACAGCCCACAGAGGAGGACCCUGAUGAAAGAAUCAAAGACCUGGUGGAAAUCACACUCAAGAAGAUGGAUCACGAUCAUGAUGGCCGACUGUCUUUUGAUGACUUUGAAAAGGCAGUUAGAGAAGAGAAUCUCUUACUUGAGGCUUUUGGAACCUGCCUACCGGACACUAUGAGAAUUGAGACAUUCGAGAGGCAUGUAUUUGAGGAGCAACAGGACCAUUGAAGAAGCAGUGUCUUUAUUUUCAGCUGCAUACUCCAGGAUAAAUGUUAAUAGCCGUUAACAAUGCAAAAAUAAAAAGUAAUCAAAACAAAAAACAUUGCCUGGAAAUAGUUUUCCAAUGUGGUAACAGAAAUGAAUGCUUUGAAAGACAACAUGCUUGAUCAAAUCCGACGUCGGGGUUUCACCUUUUUUUCCACUGGUUUGAGAUCAGGAACUGCUCCCAUCUGUGAAAGUGAACAAAGCUGAUUUGACUGAAAUAAACAACUACACUGAC